AUGGCCAGCAGGAAGUCCAAAAAACUGCGUAUACCGCAUUCUCAAGAGGAUUGCGAACUGGUUGGGAUUUUGGAACAACUGGCACCUAAAGAGCCCACGCAUGGCAGAAAGAUCGCCCUGAUUCUCCAUGGGGCUAUGGGGCAUAAAGACUACUUGUUCCAAAAGCGUCUUGCACUACGUUUCCUGAUUGACUCAUUCAGAUUUGAUUUUCGCGGAUGUCACGAAAGUGGGGGCCAACGGACACAAGGUGGACCUAUGAAAGACGUCAAGGAUCUCGUGACGGUCGUUUCUUACCUGCGCAAUACGUAUGGGUACGAGAUUGAUGUAGUGGUGGGCCAUUCUCGUGGUUCUGUGGUUGGGAUGUAUUGGCUAUGCACGUCCGAAGAAGGUCGACGUGUUCGUGCCAUGGUCAACGUGUCAGGCCGUUACCGAAUGCAUGAUGCCAAAGGUUACUACGAGCGGACCGUAACGGUCGCUCGACAAGCAAUUGUGGAAAGGAUUUAUCCACACGAUCUAGAGGAGAUUUCUCAGUGGAAUACUGCAAUCGUUUGGGACAAAUUUCCGAAUCAAAUCCAUGUUCUGACAUUACAUGGUCUCGUCGAUAAGGCAAUUCCAGCAUAUGACGCGGUCAUUUACUCUCGGGCACUUGGUGCCAGGACGCCAGGAACCCACAACCUCCAUUUAAUAGAGAAGGCCGAUCACAAUUUUACGAAUUGCCAAGACGAGGUUGUAGACUGCAUCCUGGAGUGGUGUCAUGCUCUGAACCAAGGACACUUGAAAACAGGCAUAUUAAAGACAGGCGUACAUGGCAAACUGUGA